UGUGUUUAUAAGGAAACAAACUGUAUCAACAUGUCGUGGGUUUGUUGGAUGGAGAUUGCGGUGUUGUGGUGCCUGUUGGAUUGUUUGAUUUGCUUUGCUUUGCUUCCACUCAUGGAUCGUUCAAGAAAAUUGUCUCAAGUCUGGAAUCAUUUUGAUCUUUUGACGCCAAAUAAGGUGAAGUGUCGGCUCUGCUCAACAGAAUUGUCAUACAUCAACAAGAGCACGUCAUCAAUGCUGAGGCAUUAUAGAGCUCGGCAUGGUAAUGAAGAGUUGGCAGACACUCCUGCUGUGAGUACCCCAGUUCCUAACAAGCAAGCAUUGGAUGAGGCUGUGAUCAACAUGAUCAUCAAAGACUGUCAGCCACUCACCCUCGUAGAAAAUGAGGGAUUCAGGGAGCUCAUGCAGCUUGUUGCACCCUCAUAUGUUCUACCAAGCAGGAAGACCGUCAAGAACUUGGUGGACCAGAAAUAUGAGGAGGAAAAGAACAAAAUAAAAAAGGACCUCCAGAGCGCUGUUGCUGUUUAACAGCUGACAUGUGGACCUCGAUUAAUAUGGAGGCAUAUCUUGCUGUUACUUGCCACUAUGUGGACAAACACAGAAAUAAAUUCCGUACAUCAGUCUUAGGAGUGCAGCACAGAAACACACUGCAGAAAACAUGGCCAUGGUUAAAAGGACCCUUAUGGAGGAGUGGGGCAUAGCGAGCAAGGUCAGGUGUCUUGUCACUGAUGCAGCACCAAACACGAUUUCAUGUGCUCGAAUACUACAAAUACAGCAAACUAUUUGUAUUGCCCAUACCAUCAAUUUAAUUGUGAAAAAAUCCUGUGAUCAAAUUACAACACUAACAGAAAUACGCAACAAAACACGGCAAAUUGUCACAUACUUUCGAACAAGCACCACGGCCAAAGAAAAGCUCACUCAAAUGCAGCAACAGCUGAGAACACCAAUCCAUAAAUUAAUAAAUGAGGUGCCAACACGAUGGAACAGCACCUACCACAUGCUGGAAAGAAUGACUGAGCAGAAGGAGGCAGUCUGGGUGUCACAGGCCACAUUAAAAAAUUAAAUUACUCCACUGACUCCUGAAGAAUUUGAAGUCAUUGAAGAGAUGCUCAGGGUGCUCUCUCCUUUUGACCAAGCCACAAGAGAACUCUCUGAGGAAAAAAGAGUCUCGGGAUCAAAGGUUGUUCCACUGAUGAGAAUGAUCCACAAUGAGCUUCAACGUCAAGCCUCAGCAUUAACAAAACCUGCUGCUCAAGAACUGUGUGCAAAUCUGAGAAGGCGGCUAACUGAGUCCAUCUGCAACAUGGAUUCACUCAGUGUGAUGACACUGGCAAAACUGUUGGACCCCAGGUUUAAAACAGUUGGCUUCUUUAGUCCACAAAGAGCAACGGAAGCUGUUAAGAGGCUGAAGUCGGAGUGUGCUGCUGAAAUGAGGAGCCAUGAGCCUGACCCAGCAGAAGAACCGAGCUCUUCACAUGGAUCAGAACCCAGUUCAGGACACAAUCUCUGGAAACCUCUGGAUAUGGAAGUUGAGGAGAGCCAGAUGACAUCGAAUACAACAGCAGAUUCCAUUGUUGAAGUCCAACGCUACUUGGCAGAAAGCAACACACCCAGAACACAAGACCCGUUGCAGUAUUGGAAAUAUAACCAGAAAACAUAUCCACACCUUUAUCAACUGGCGCUUAAAUAUUUAUGCACACCGCCUUCAUCUGUUCCCUGUGAACGAGUAUUUUCUAAGGCAGGGGAACUGGUGUCCAAGAGGAGAAAUCGCCUUGGAGCAAAGACACUUCAGAAACUUUUGAUUCUCAAUAAAAAUCUAUG